AUGGCCGAGUCUGGAGAUGUUCCCAUGACCGACGCCACGCCGGCCCCGGCUGCACCAGCAGCAGCUGGCGGCCUCGAGAGCGCUGACAUCUGGGGCGAGGACGACAUUGUCACGGCUGACCUCAAGAGGUCCAGCGUUGAGGAGAUCAAUCAGCGUAUUCGACUUCUGGACAACGAUAUCCGCGUCAUGAAGAGUGAACAGCAGCGCCUCACGCACGAGAUCAAGACCAUCGAAGAGAAGACAAAAGACAACAAGGAGAAGAUCAAGCUCAACCGCCAGCUGCCCCACCUGGUUGCAAACGUGGCCGAGAUCCUGGAGUUGGAGCCGGACCAGGAUGACGAGGAUGGCGCCAUGCAAGACAUUGACACCCAGCGGGAUGGCAAGAGCAUGGUAAUCAAGACGACCACGAGGCAGACAAUCUUCCUGCCCGUGAUUGGUUUGGUGGAAGCGUCAGAGCUCAAGCCGAAUGACUUGGUGGGCGUGAACAAAGACUCCUACCUUGUCUUGGACAAGUUGCCCCCGGAGUACGACUCCCGCGUCAAGGCCAUGGAGGUGGAUGAGCGCCCAACGGACCAGUACAGCGACAUUGGUGGUCUGGAAAAGCAGAUCCAAGAGUUGCAGGAGGCCAUCGUGUUGCCCAUGACCCACAAGGAGCGCUUCGAAAACAUCGGCAUCCAACCCCCCAAGGGUGUAUUGAUGCACGGGCCACCGGGUACCGGCAAAACCAUGAUGGCCCGAGCUUGCGCGGCCGCCACAAAUGCCACCUUCCUGAAACUUGCAGGACCCCAGCUGGUGCAGAUGUUCAUUGGCGACGGUGCCAAGAUUGUUCGUGAUGCUUUUGUCCUCGCAAAAGAGAAAGCACCGGCUAUCAUCUUCAUUGACGAGUUGGAUGCCAUUGGCCAGAAGCGCUCCGGUGGCGGUGAGUUGUCCGGAGUUCGUGAGGUCCAGCGUACCAUGCUGGAGCUGCUAAACCAGCUGGACGGGUUCACUAACCAGACGACUGUGAAGAUCAUCGCGGCCACCAAUCGCCCUGAUACUCUGGACCCAGCUCUGCUCCGCUCCGGACGCCUGGACCGCAAGAUCGAGCUCCCGCACCCGAACGAGGACUCCCGCGCCCGCAUCAUGCAGAUCCAUUCCCGGAAGAUGAACUACAAGAAAGAUGAUGUGAACUUUGUCGAGCUAGCCCGCUCCACGGACGACUUCAACGGAGCCCAGCUCAAGGCUGUUUGCGUCGAAGCAGGCAUGGAGGCACUUCGCCGCGGGGCAACAGAGUUGUGCCACGAGGACUAUGUUGCUGGGAUCGGUGCUGUCCAGGCGAAGAAGAAGAGCAACUUCAACUACUACGCCUGA